AUGCCCAAGUCCAGGAAAGGCGGGGGCCCAUCCCCAGCAGGCCAGCAACAGCAACAGCAACAGCAACAACAGCAUUCAAAAAAGCAUCGCAAAAUGUCAUCGUUUGCUAAGCUCUCGACUACCACCCCUACGAACUCUGCAAAGCCUAAAGCCGCUCAGAGUGCUCAUCACCACCCCGGGUCGUCGGGUAAUGCUAAAAACAGCAACAACGAUCGAAAGAUGAAGAAUUCGCAGCAGCAACAGCAACAGGUGCAGAGGAACCAGCGGCCUAUUGUGCCUUUUGGACGGAAGGAUCGGAUUUUGUUGGUUGGGGAAGGCGACUUCUCCUUUGCUCGCUCAUUAGUCCUCCAGCACCGCUGCAAGAAUGUCAUGGCUACCUGCUAUGAUUCCAAAGAUACGCUCCACAGCAAGUACCCCCAAGCUGAAAAUAACAUUCACGAUAUACAGUAUGCAUUUUCCAAGGCGACGACGGGGGAGCAUGCUUCGGACAGUAAGGAGAACUCAUCCAACGGAGACGGCACAAGCGUUGUUGGAACCAAUGCACAAGGGUUCCUUGAAGACCAGGCGCAACGUCGUGGACCCAAAGUCAUUUACUCAGUUGACGCUCGAAAACUUGGUCUUCCUGCGGGUGGCGGUAAAGAAAUACGGACGGGCUUUCCACGACAGGAGCGAAAACGCCCGGCCUGGAAAGAAGCAAAGAGCGGCACCUCAUCUGCACCACAAGGUGGGCCGUGGGAUGUGAUCUGUUUCAACUUCCCCCAUGUCGGCGGUAUCUCCACCGACGUCAAUCGGCAGGUGCGAGCCAACCAGGAACUCUUGGUGGCUUUCUUUAAAGCGUGCGUGCCUUUGUUGUCUCAUCAACCCGUGCGCGUAGAUAGUGACGAUGAAGACGACUGGGACAACUGGGAGGACUCUGACGUUGAAUCAAGCGGGGGUGAAAACGAUCAUGAUGGCAGUGAAGACGGCGACCAACUGCGAACAGCCAAUACUACCGGGCAGGCGACACGCCAAAACAGAGUGGAACCAGGUCAGAUUCUAGUGUCGAUGUUUGAGGGUGAGCCUUACACCCUCUGGAAUAUUAAAGACCUUGCAAGGCAUGCUGGCCUGCGAGUGGUCACCAGUUUUCGAUUCCCGUGGGCCUCUUAUAAGGAGUAUUCCCAUGCGCGGACGCUGGGCGACAUUGAAGGAAAGGAUGGUGGGAGAGGCGGCUGGAGGGGGGAAGAUAGGGACGCGAGAAUGUACGUCUUUGAGGUUAAACAGGAAGACCAUCCAGUGAAACGGAGGAACGCCCCAUCUUCCAAAGCUGGGCAGAGUGCGAAAAAGAAGAGGCCGAGAGAUGCAUCCGACAGUGACGACAGCGAAUAG